AUGCCUGCCAUUGACCGCGCCGAGCUCGACGCGCGCGUGGAGAAGAUCUACGCGCAGGUUGUCGCCUGGCGUCGCCACAUCCACGAGAACCCCGAUCUGUCGUACGAGGAGGAGCCGACGGCCGCCUACAUUCUGGGUGAGCUGCGGAAGAUGGACUCGGAGGGCAAGUACCUGCACAUCACACAGCCGAUGCCCAACUGCGUUGUGGCGGACAUCAAGGGCGGCGCCGGCGCGGGCCCGACGAUUGCGCUGCGUGCGGACAUCGACGCGCUGCCUGUGGUGGAGCUGACGGAUGUGCCGUUUGCGUCGAAGAAGAAGGGCGUGAUGCACGCCUGUGGCCACGACACGCACGCUGCGAUGCUGCUUGGUGCGGCGCAGCUGCUGCUGGAGGACGCUGCGCGGAUCAAGGGCACGGUGCGGCUGCUGUUCCAGCCUGCGGAAGAGGCAUCCCCAGGCGGCGCGAAGAUGAUGGUGGCGAAGGGCUGCAUGGAGGGCGUGUCGAUGGUGUUCGGCGAGCACAUUUUCCCGCUGCCGAUGCUGCCCACGGGCACGGUUGGGUUCAAGCGCGGUGCGAUCACGAGCAGCAGCGACAACUUUCACAUCGAGAUCCUCGGCCGCGGCGGCCACGCGUCGAUGCCGGAGCGUGCGGUGGACCCCGUGGCGGUUGCGGCGCUGGUGGUGACGGGGAUGCAGCAGAUCAUCUCGCGCCGCAUGCCGCCGACGCGGUGCCCCGUGCUGACGGUGGCGUCGAUUCAGUCGAGCUCCGACAGCUUCAACGUGAUCCCCGACAAGGUGACGCUGAAGGGCACGCUGCGCACGCAGGACCGCGAUGUGCGGACGAAUGGGCAGCGCUACGUGGUGGAGGUGGUGGAGGGGAUCACGAAGAGCUACGGCGCGAGCUGCAAGUGUGAGUGGGUUAAUGGGUGCGGGUUGACGAUCAACGCGGAUGCCGCCUGUGACGUGACGGAGCGUGUUCUGGCGCAGGUUCUGCCCUCCGCCGCUGACGUCGUGAACAUGGAGUGCCUGAUGGGCUCCGAAGACUUCAGUGAGUUCGCCAACGUGUGCCCCGGCAACUUUGUUGGGAUUGGCUGCUACAACGAGUCGGAGGACUGCACUGUGGCGAACCACAGCGCGAAGUUCAAGGUCGACGAGCCGUCCUUGAAGGUCGGCGUGAAGGUGCACUACGGCACGAUUCACGAGCUGCUGAUGCAGUGA